UACAUAGAAAAUCAACACUCAUUGAAAACGAAACCUCAUUAAGACAUCCUAUCUUCCAUCAUUCAAUUUGUUGUACAUUGCAACAAUUUAAUAUCUUGAAGGAAAUAUCACUGACAUGAUUUAUCCCUCUAGCAAUCUCUCUCUGAAAUGGGGGGGGGGCGGAGAGGAGGGAACUUAUUCUCUCUUCCGGCCUGUUCUAUGUGUUACACUGUUACCCUCAGGGCAGAAAUGAGGCUGGGAACUCUGGAAGCGGCUACUUGUGUCCAGGGGUGCGCUGACUUGUUUCUUAGCUCAGCCCUCUGGGUCUUCCCCCCACCCCCAGUUCUUUCUCACUCUACCUCUUUGCCCUCCAGGGGGCCUGGAGCCCCAGCCAGCUGUUGAAAACCUCUGUCCAGGCAUGCCAUGAAUUUGAGGACAGCUGGAUUCUAGAGCAAAAAUCAAGUCACGCUGGUGUCUGUGUUUAUGUACCUGCCAUAGUACCCCCAAAUGAGACAACUCCUCUCAGAAUUUCCCUCUUAAAUUGGAACCCUCCUCAAUCUUUCACCUUUAUCUCGCUGGGUAGAAGAAAGUAUGGUCCACAAGGGGGAACCUUUAUAAUAUGGGGGUCUUUCCCUUAACCCUUUUAAAUAUCAGCAAAUUUCCCUCCUUUCUGAAGGUUUGGGGCUGUAUUUUUAAGAGCCAACACAAACUGUCAGACAGGGAGACUCCUCAAUCCCCUAACGAGGUUCAUGUAUUAACUAACAUGUUGUCUCCACCAGCUCCUACACACUGUCUGCUUUUGGGUUCGAAACUUUAUUUUUCCCCCCUAGCGACACUCCGGGGAAACCUUAACGUUACAGAAGAUGAAUAAACGAGUUUUUUCCCAGCGUAGUCCCGUUUAUGGCUUUAUUGCUACCCAUUGAUUACUCCGCUUUGUUACACAGAAGGAAAAGAUCAUAAAAUCCGGCGACAUCCGGGUUCUUGUUAUAGCCACCCCCCCCCCCAAAAUGGUGAAGAGAAAAAUAUGAGCUUCCACUGCUUCCUUCGCUAGCCCCACCGCCCCCUUUGUCAACUCAAAGCAUUUUCAGUCUAUGUCACGAUAUCAAAUUAAGUUUGGAUUAAUCAGGAGAAAACCCACAUCUGCACACCUUCCGCUGUUUCAGUUCGCCCACUGCGGCUCCCUCAGAAGCCUCGUACUCAGCUGCCUUUUUCCUAACCUUCCCUUCCUUUUUCUCGGCCCCAAGGUGGAAAGAAAAUGGGGGUGGGGGCUGCUGAGAGGCCCGGCUCUACCAGGUGUGGCUGGCCCUUGAGGGAGCUCCCCAGGAGCCCUUUGCUGGAAUCUCCCAAGCCCCCAGGGCUCAGGUCCAGGGGUGCCUCCCUUGGCAGGGGCAAGGGGCUUCUGACCUGUGUAGGGGCUCGAGCCUGCCAGACGCUAACUGUCCUUCAGAGCCCCACCAGCCUUGUCUCUCUGCCUGGAUCUUAUGUGAAUUACCCCACCGGCCCUCCCUGGCUCCAAAUCAUAAAUUCUCACCAACAUAAACAGGAGUUGAUGUGUCUAGAAAGAUUCUCAGAGUUCUUUCUUCUUCCUUAUUUUCCUUUCUCUCUCCCACCUUUUACUCCUUUCUCUCUUUUUCUAUUGUAUUUUCAUACAUUUUUCCCUUUUCUACCAAAAUGCUGCAGCAGCUUCCCCCCAAAAAGGGGGUUCUGAGAGGCAGAAGGAGGCUAAAAGGAAGAGGAAGUGGAUGCAUGGCCCUUUUGCCCACUUUAGCUCGCCACUGUACCCUGAAGUCUCAUCCUUACCCCCUUUAGACUUACUUACUCCCUACAUCCCCCUUACACCUAAGCCUACCAGCCACACUCUCCUUCUUCUGAGCGCCACGUUUUAUGCAGUUUCUUUCUACUUUUGAUUUUUUUUUUUUUAAUUACUGGGGUGGGGGAAUCCUGGCUUAGUGUUGAGGACUCACUCCAUGGAGGGUCAAAGCAGGAUUUCCUGCAGGAUUUCUGGGGAUUCCCCCCCUGAGCUGGGAAGGGGCUCUUCCCAUGGAGAAAUCAGGGUGUAAUUUUAGAAGGGGGAAGAUACAAACGAUGAAAUCGGAUCGAAAAUAGAGGGAUUUCUCCAGCCCUGGCUCUAGCCACAGCACAGUAAAGUUAGCUGGAGCUUAGAGAUUUCCUAGCAGUGUAGCCCCUCUUUCCUGGGCCCCAAGGCCCUGCUAAUGCAUAUUCACCCUUCUCUCACCUCCAAAUCAGUUCCCUAACAUAUAUAUUUUUAAAAGAAAUCCAAGUCUUACUUUCAAAGCACACACUUAGUCUCAACUAGGGAAUCAACAGAAGCAGAAGCGAUUUUUUUCCCCCUUCUUGACAUCUGGCUUGCGAUUGGCUGGAAGGGGGUCAGCUGACUUUGUCAUUUUGUCUGUCCUGGAUUGGAGCCGUCCCUAUAACCAUCUAGUUCCGAGUACAAACUGGAGACAGAAAUAAAUAUUAAAGAAAUCAUAGCCCGACCAGGUAAAGGCAAAGGGAUGAAUUCCUACUUCACUAACCCUUCCUUAUCCUGCCACCUCGCCGGGGGCCAGGACGUCCUCCCCAACGUCGCCCUCAAUUCCACCGCCUAUGAUCCAGUGAGGCAUUUCUCGACCUAUGGAGCAGCCGUUGCCCAGAACCGGAUCUACUCGACUCCCUUUUAUUCGCCACAGGAGAAUGUCGUGUUCAGUUCCAGCCGGGGGCCGUAUGACUAUGGAUCUAAUUCCUUUUACCAGGAGAAAGACAUGCUCUCAAACUGCAGACAAAACACCUUAGGACAUAACACACAGACCUCAAUCGCUCAGGAUUUUAGUUCUGAGCAGGGCAGGACUGCGCCCCAGGACCAGAAAGCCAGUAUCCAGAUUUACCCCUGGAUGCAGCGAAUGAAUUCGCACAGUGGGGUCGGCUAUGGAGCGGACCGGAGGCGCGGUCGCCAGAUCUACUCGCGGUACCAGACCCUGGAACUGGAGAAGGAAUUUCACUUCAAUCGCUACCUAACGCGGCGCCGGCGCAUCGAGAUCGCCAACGCGCUCUGCCUGACCGAGCGACAGAUCAAAAUCUGGUUCCAGAACCGCCGGAUGAAGUGGAAAAAAGAAUCUAAUCUCACGUCCACGCUCUCAGGGGGCGGCGGAGGGGCCGCGGCCGACAGCCUGGGCGGAAAAGAGGAAAAGCGGGAAGAGACAGAGGAGGAGAAGCAGAAAGAGUGACCAGAACUGUCCCUGCCACCCCUCUCUCUCCUUCUCCCUUGCUCCCCCCCCCCCCAAUUCCCUCCUAAUCACACCCUCUAUAUUUAUCACUGGCACAAUUGAUGCGUUUUGACUCCCUAAAACAAAAUUAGGGAGUCAAAUAUGGACCUGAAAGUCAACUCUGGACCCCUCCCUCACCGCACAAACUCUCUUUCACCACGCGCCUCCUCCUUCUGCUCCCUCGCUAGCUCCUUUCUCGGCUCCUCUGCAGGCCCCUUCCCCCGCCCAGGCCUUGGGGGCUCCGUCCCUGAACCUCGCUUCAGCUCCACAGAUCUCCUUCCAAAUGAGGACUUGGCCUCCCACCCCCUCGGCGCCCCCACCCCCGCCCCUGCGCGGAGAGCUGGCUCCCGGGGACGGGGCCUCCGCUCCGGGGCCUCAGGGCCCGGCCUGGCAGCCGGGGAGGGCGGGAGGCCCAAGGAGAGCGCGUCGUGGCCCCACAGCAACCCCCAGGGCCUCCCCGCAGCCCCUGCCCGGCCCCUCUGCCCCAGCAAAUGCCCAGCCCAGGCAAAUUGUAUUUAAAGAAUCCUGGGGGUCAUUAUGGCAUAUUACAAACUGUGACCGUUUCUGUGUGAAUAUUUUUAGCUGUAUUUGUGGUCUCUGUAUUUAUAUUUAUGUUUAGCACCGUCCGUGUUUCAAUCCCAUCUUAAAAGGGGAAAAAAAAGAGGGAAAAUUACAAAAAGAGAGAAAAAAAAAGUGAAUGACGUUUGUUUAGCCAGUAGGAGAAAACAAAAUAAAUUUUAAAAAAUCCCCCUCGUGUUACCCUCCUGUAUAAAUCCGACCUCUGGAUCCGUUCUCGAAUAUUUAAUAAAACUGAUAUUAUUUUUAAAAGUUUA